AUGGUUAACGUCCACCGUCGCAACACGGCCUUCACUGCCAGUCUCUUCUACUUCCUUACGAUUCCGUUCCUCAUUCUUGUCAUUAUCGGAAACACACACAUCAACUCAACGCUAAACGACAUCUACUUCUUCCAGCUCGAUGUGUCGCAAGUCAUUCCCAUCUCGGUCGAAAACUCAAAACUCCUCAACUCCGUCGCCCGAAGUCUAGGCCUUCACGAUUUCUACCAGGUUGGACUAUGGAAUUUUUGCGAGGGUUAUAAUGAUGAAGGUGUCACAUACUGUUCCAACCCUAAGCAGUGGUACUGGUUCAACCCCGUCGAGAUCCUCGUCAGCGAACUGCUUGCGGGAGCCCAGAUCGCUCUCCCUGCAGAGGCUGUCACCGUCCUCAACCUCCUCAAGAUUGGUUCUAGGAUUAUGUAUGGUUGCUUUAUGGCCGGCAUCGUCGUCAACUUUGUCCUCAUUCCCCUGAGCUUGCUUGUUAUCCGCACUCGCUGGUGGAGUCUGCCUCUCUCACUUCUCUCCGCCAUCGCAGGAGUCCUUGUUACUCUUGCUGCGGUCAUUGCGACGGUUAUCAGUAUUGCGGCAAAAGUCGCCCUUACCGCACAGGAUCAACUCAACAUCAGGGCAAACAUUGGUUACAAGAUGUUUGCCUUUAUAUGGAUUGCUGCCAUCUUUACCGAUCUAGCGUUCCUCCUGCAUGCUGCCAUGGGCUGUUGCUGUAAGCCAGACCGACAAGCACAGACUUCAUCGCAACACUCCAUGUCUGAAACCAAGAGCAAUAGGGUGUCCUUGCCAGGAUUUGUCCGCCAAAGAAAGAGCCACACGCCCUCGUCAUAGGCUCCCGAAAUCUUGUAUGAUUCUACGGCGAUAUAAGAUUGGACCUCGCAAGGGGGUUUACAGGAUCGGCUUCAAGUCUUUUCAUUUACGCCAAGGUGAAAUGGCGGCAACUGGUCAAAAGUAAAAGUUAAACUUGAACCAAAAAUAACAUCUGGAUAAAGGAGCAUUGUCGGUGGAAGUGCCAGUCCUAUUCAGGGGCCUGGCGCUUGUGCCAACAUCGGAGUUUGGAAGAGCGAUUUGAUUGUUGGGUAUGAAACUUGAUAGUUCUAUAGAAGAUAAAAAUAAAGGUCCAGAGCGUCAUAUUCCGUUGCCGCAAAGUUUUUCCCCA